CACUUGUAACGAGAAACUAACGUCAAAAGAGAAAACAUGAAGAAGAUUGCAUUUCAUGUCUGAGAAAAGGAAAAUAAAAUAGCCAUCCACAUAUUAAUUAUUAAUAUCAGUGUCCUAUAAGUACAUACAAAAAAAAGAGAAUUAGCAGACAGCGCAGCAAUUGCAGCGACGACGGGAUAGGAUCGGAAGCGGUAUCACCCUUCCCAUUCCCAUUCCCUUUACCAUUCCAACGGCAUGAAGAUCGGAGGGCUUCACCCUUCAAUCCCAUUCCUAUCCAAUCCCCAUUAAUUCCUGUCUGCCUGCCUGCCUGCCUGAAUAUCAUUCAUUAAAGAUUCAAGAUGAGCGAUAAAGCCGAGUCGUGUGACGACAGGGAAGUCGCCCUGUCCCCCACUCAUGAAAACCGCAAAGGCGGAUGGAUCACCUUUCCCUUCAUGUUAGUAACCACAGGAGGCCUGAUGUUAGGAGGCGCAGGGUGGAUGAGCAACCUGGUGGUGUACUUAAUCAACACAUACCACGUCCAGAAAAUCGAUGCGGUUCAAAUCUCAACUCUCAUCCAUGCCUUUUUCAACCUGUUUCCUCUCUUUGCUGCAAUCAUCGCUGACUCUUUCUUGAGCUGUUUUACUGUCAUCUGGAUCUUUGGUUUUACCUCUUUACUGGGCACAGUGGUUUUAACCGCAUCUACCAUAAUAAGUUCGUUGAAACCUCCAGAAUGCCCUGAAGGUACCCAGUCAAGCUCAUGCACCCCAACAAAGCUCCAAUUCGCAGCACUAUACGCAGCCCUAACCCUAGCAACCGUAGGGCUAGGCGGCAUCCGCUCAUCGAUCUCCACCAUGGGAGCCAACCAAUUCCGCAAGCAGAAACACCAGGGCAUUUUCUUCAACUGGUACUUCAUUACCUCGUACAUGGCGCACGUGAUCGCCCAGACAGUUCUCGUCUACGUCGAGGAUAACGUCAGCUUCAAAUGCGGCUUCAUUAUCUGCGUCGUCGCCAAUUCCAUUGGCCUCAUCGCUUUCUUGUCCGGCACCCGCUUCUACUCUUUUGCCAACCCAAAGGGGAGCCCUUUCACCACCUUAGCCCGCGUUCUUGUCGCCAGCGUUCAUAAACGAAACCUCGAACUCCCCGAAGAAACUAAUGUCGAUCGGUUUUUCAUCGGAGAUGAUGAAAAACAUCCAUAUCAUGGUCCUCCUUCCACGGCGUUCAAGUUCUUGAACCGCGCGGCCGUGAAAUCAGACGGAGACGUUAAUUCGAACGGAUUGGUAGAAAAGCCAUGGAGGAUUUGUACGGUUCAACAAGUGGAAGAUUUGAAAUCAUUGCUUAAAAUGAUUCCGGUUUGGACGACCGGGAUUAUCUUGUUAGUUCCAAUCGGAGCGUUACUUAGUUUCACGGUGGUCCAGGCUAUGACCAUGGACCGUCACAUAGGGAAAAAAUUCCAAAUCCCGCCCGGUUCCAUGAACGUCGUCGUUUUAUUCUCCUGCACAAUCGCCAUCGCCUUGGUUGACCGAUUAUUAUAUCCCGCGUGGAAAAAAACCGCCGGGAAACCCCUAACCCCGCUGCAAAAAAUCGGCGUCGGCCACGUGGUCACCGUGCUGGGAAUGGCGGCGUCGGCGUUGGUUGAGUACAAGAGACGAAACGCCGCGAACUCGGCGGUGGGGCCCAUCUCGGUACUGUGGCUAAUCCCGCCGCUGUUAUUCAUGGGCGUGGCAGAGGCGUUCCAUUAUCCGGUGACGGCUCAGUUUUACUACCAAGAAUUUCCGGCGAACCUGAAGAACAUGGCCACCGCGUUGAGCGCGGUGCUGAUCGCCAUUGCGCUCUACGUGGCGUCGCUCAUAAUUGAGCUUAUUCGGCACGUGACGGCGUGGUUGCCCAAUAAUGACAUCAACAAAGGGAGGUUGGAUUAUGUUUUUUGGGUUUUGUUUGGCUUAGGAUUACUCAAUUAUGGUUAUUUUUUGGCUUGUGCCUCCGCUUAUAAGUAUCAAAAUUGUGGGAAGCCGCCCAAAAAUGAUGACAAAUUACACCACUAGACUAGACUGAUAUAAUUAAGGUGUAUUCCCAUUCGGGUUUUUGCUUUAUACAUUUUUUUUUAAAAAAAAGAA